AUGGAGAAGCCGUACGGGUACGCGAGCGUGAGCAUGACCGGCGUCGAACGCGCCGGCGGGAAGGAUAUCGAUCUGGAGAUGGGAGUCGGUGAGGCGACGCUUUACCCGGGGCUAAGCUACGGCGAGAAUCAGCUCCGAUGGGGAUUUAUCCGUAAGGUCUAUGGGAUUCUCUCAGCCCAGCUCCUCCUCACCACGCUUAUCUCCGCCGUCGUUGUCCUUAAUCCUCCUGUCAACGAUCUCUUGACCGGAUCUCCCGGCCUUCUUCUCUUCCUCUGCAUCGUCCCCUUCAUCUGUACGUAG